GGUUUUGAUGGAAAAGAUGGUGCCAAAGGUGACAGUGGUGCUCCUGGGCCAAAGGGUGAAGCUGGUCUUCCUGGAGCAAACGGAUCACCAGGCCAACCGGGACCAAGAGGUCCAGCUGGCGAAAGAGGAAGACCUGGGAAUCCUGGUGGUCCUGGUGCCCAUGGCAAAGACGGAUCUCCUGGAGCAGCAGGCCCACCUGGCCCCCCAGGUCCCCCUGGAACUGCAGGAUUUCCAGGCUCUCCAGGUUUUAAGGGUGAAGCUGGUCCUCCUGGUCCUGCUGGUUCUAGUGGUAGUCCUGGAGAGAGAGGAGAACCUGGUCCUCAGGGUAAUGCUGGGCCACCUGGGCCUCAGGGCCCUCCUGGAAGAGCUGGAAGCCCUGGCAACAAGGGUGAAAUGGGACCUGCUGGUAUUCCUGGUGCUCCUGGUCUGCCAGGAGGCCGUGGUCUUCCUGGUCCUCCAGGUGCAAGUGGAAACCCUGGAGCAAAAGGCACACCAGGAGAACCUGGUAAGAAUGGUGCAAAAGGAGAUCCAGGCCCAAAAGGCGAGCGCGGUGAAAAUGGCACCCCAGGUGCUCCUGGACCUCCUGGUGAGGAAGGCAAAAGAGGUGCAAAUGGUGAACCUGGUCAGAAUGGCGUACCUGGUACACCUGGAGAAAGGGGCUCCCCCGGUUUCCGUGGCUUACCCGGUAGCAAUGGACUUCCAGGUGAAAAGGGUCCUGCAGGUGAACGUGGUAGCCCAGGUCCUCCUGGCCCUAGUGGACCCGCAGGAGAGCGUGGACAAGAUGGAGGCCCAGGUCUUCCCGGAAUGAGA